AGCACGGAAAAUCGCGCUGACUGAGUAACAUUUGCCGCAGCGACUUUGAGAAAUGAAGACUGCGCUUGCACUGCCCUAAAUAAUACGUUUAAGAUACUUCAUUCCUUUGUAGCAAAGUGCAGUGCGGAGCACAUAAAAUAGAUGGUGGCCGAAACCAGUGGAGCAGUUAUUUUUUAGAUGCAAAGAUAAUCGGUGACCGAUUUUGACGUUGAAAAAAAAUGACGAAAGAGGAAAAGAUAAAAUCUUUACCACUCUGUGUCGCCCUUUUCUUUGGGCUUUAUUAUUUUUUUAUGUUUGACAAAAGUGACAGUCUAUAUUUUGCGGAUAUAAGAAGUGGACACAAAAUGUUGGACCUGACAAAUUUUUUAGACAACCCCGCUGCUUUCAAUGAAAUCUUUGGUGAAAAAGUUGUGUUUUUCAUCGAGUCGACCGAUAAGGGCAAACUAGACGCGAGAAAAGUUUGCUCCAUUGAAGCCCUAAAUUCCUUCAACCCGGACGUGAAAAUUAUUCUCGUCUUUAUCAACAAUGGACGGAAAAUGAAACCAAUAAAAAGUCCUGCAUUGACAGAACUUCUCUCUAGAAAGAAAAAUAUAAUCCUGGCCUUGGUUAACAAUUUACAGGUUUUUAAAGGAACGCCUCUAGAAGGGAUUUUAAGCUCAACACUUUUCCAAGAUGAAAAACAAACUGAAGUGAAAGAGAUUCGCCUGAGCAACUUCCUGCGUCUCUGUCUUCUUUGGAAACUGGGCGGCGUUUACAUGGACCUCGACUUUCUCCUGUUUAAGAACAUCAACUCUUAUAUAAAUUUGCAAAAUUUUCUGAUCGCCGACACCAAAAGAGACCGAAUUAAGGAUCCCAUUAUGGGCUUCCAGAGGAAUCACCCCUUUUUGAAGACCAUUAUGGAAACGUUGGGCAAAAAAUACAUCCCGCUUCAUUCAAACUCGACGCUGCCAACCCUCAACGUUACCACCUUUGGCACGGUCGAGGAAGAAGUGACCAGACACGUGGGUGAAGUGCAAUUUUUGGAUCGCAACUUCAUCAGUCCAGUAAGAUACGGCGAUUUUUUUGACGAAUCGAAAGGAGAGUUGACGGAAUCAAUGAUGAAUGAGAGCCUCGGUGUGCACUUGUGGCACUUUUAUAGCUUUUACUUGAGGCUGAGGAAAGAUUCCAUAGCACCAUAUGCCAUUGCCGCUAGGAAAUUUUGUCCACGAUCGUUUGAUAAGGCAGACGAGUUCUUUUGAAAGCCAUUUUAUUGUUGAAGAGAUAAAAGACAUGAAUAAAAAGAUUUGGUUUAUUCUUUUAAGUUGCUUUAACAGUCGUGUUUGAGAACCUUAACAAUCGACAUGAUUUUUAACUUAAAACAUGUUAUUUUCAUAUUAAAAAUUUGAAUUUUUGUGUUUUUCUUGGUUAUAAAUCAAUAAUAACCGAUUUUUUAGUGAACUUAUUUUCUAAUAAAAAAUAAACAGUUUGAACUUCA